UGUCAUAUUACAAACCAAAGUCUUGUUUUUCCUAUUUAAAAUUUCUUUCUUUCAAUUAUUUUCUCAUCUCUACAUGUUCAUUAUCUAAUAUAUCUUUUUAUUAUUUUAUUUCAAUGAUACCAUUUCAUCUUUGAACCCUAAAAGAAGAAAAAAUUGAUCUAAAUGUCGAGCUACGAGUGGAACAACCAUUCUUCCCCUUCUCCCAACAUCUUUUUAUCGGAUAUGGACCUUCAUAUUCAUAAUCAUAAUCAUAAUCAUAAUCAUAUUCAGAUUCAUCAUCAACCUCAUGAAUCUUUAUCUUCAUCAUCAAUUUCUCACCAUCCGAUUUAUGACAACCCAUUUACAAACUCAUGCCCCUUCCCACACGAUAACACACCCACUCAACCACAAAUACCACUUUUCUCCUACCCAAACACCCUUGAAACAUUCUCUUCCGUAAUGCAAAUCCCUAAGACUGAACCGGAUCUUUUUACGAACCGUCCAAUUGGUUUAAACUUAGGCCGGCGCACUUACUUUUCUGCUGAUGAUGACUUAGUUAGCCGCCUUUAUUGCCGGUCUAGAGGCGUUGAUCCAGCGGUUCAGUCACCUAAAUGUCAAGCUGAAGGUUGUAAUGCUGAUCUUAGUCAUGCUAAGCAUUAUCAUCGUCGUCAUAAGGUUUGUGAGUUUCACUCUAAGGCUUCCACUGUUAUCACCGCCGGGUUAACUCGGAGAUUUUGCCAGCAGUGUAGCCGGUUUCAUUUGUUAUCGGAAUUUGAUAAUGGGAAGAGGAGUUGUCGGAAAAGAUUAGCUGAUCAUAAUCGUCGACGGCGAAAAUCUAACAAUCAAAGGGUAACCUCUUCAAGUGCUGCUUCCUUGUCAUCAGAAAAUACUGAUUCAUCACCGUCACAAAAUAUUAUAAGGUCACCUUCAGAUUCAGCAAUGAAUUCAUCAUUAUCAGUGACGAUUGAAAUGUCGCCUCCAAGAGUAUCGUUUGAUACAAAUUUCAUGCAACAAUCGUAUGAGUAGCUCUAGCUAUGAAUAAGUAGUGGAAAAUGCUGAAAUUAAUGAAGACAAUGAGAUCAAGAAGAAUUAAUUAGCUCUAAUUUGUUACUUAAUUACGUUUGUGCGAUGUAUUUUUCAAUCAAGGGUAUAAAGUGUAGUUAACUUAUUGUGCCAGGGAAAUUAAAUCAUGUAUUAGCUGAACAAAUUAAUUCUUUGGCAAUUUCAUAUUACUUGCUACAUUUUCGUUUUUAGUAAUAAAACAAUCAUUUAAAGUUCUACA